GCGAGUGCGGGUUGCGGGCCAAGUGCCAGGGUCUCUGGGCAAGGGCGGGGAGCGGGCCGGGUGCCGGUGUCUCUGGGCGAGUGCAUGGUGCAGGCCGGGGUCCGCGGAGUGCUACGGUCUCUGGGGCGUCAGGCGCAGAGUAGGCUUCCCCGCGCCCAGGGCUUCCCUUCUGCAACUUCCCGCGGCUGCGGGCUGGAGGUCGUGGCGCCGCUGCCCCGCCCCGCCCUCUCGGUUGAGGCCCUUUCCCGCCGAGGCCCUUCCGGGCAAGGGGACCGCGUGGACCAGCGCUGCCUCCUGCCUCCCCUGCAGCCUUCGCCACGUGCUGUGAGCCGGGGGAGCCCCCGCCCACCUGGGCCUGGUGCGCCCCAUUCAUUGUGGGACCGGAGGUUGUAAAUGCUGGACAGCUCGAACAACUUCCCCUUGGAGCAGUGCUUGGCCCCGGUCCUGACAGCCUCUGGCCUCGACAAUGGCCUGAGUAGUCUUCCAAAGCCUCUAGCAUAGGAAACGAAUCCCAGGGCCUCAUGGCUUCUGGGAGCUCCUGGGAGUCUGGCCAGCGGCCCAGUCACAUACUAUAUCUUCACAGGACUCCUCACCUUGCUGUGGCUGUCACUGUCACUGCCUGGCCUCAGGAUGUUGAGCCUCACCUCAGUCUCUGCCAGGGUCCUGUGCGGACCUGGGUGGAGUGAUGCCCUCGAGCCAGGCGGAGGAGAAGCAGGCACCAGUGGAAGAGUCCGAGCCUGGCCUGGAGAACAAGGCAUGGAGCUGCCUGGUGUUCUACCUCUGCUUCUAUGGCUUCAUGGCACAGAUGCGGCCAGGCGAGAGCUUCAUCACUCCCUACCUGCUGGGGAACUUCACCAAAGAGCAGGUGACCAACGAGAUCAUGCCAGUGCUGACCUACUCCUACCUGGUGGUGUUAGUGCCCAUCUUCCUGAUCACCGACUACCUGCGCUACAAGCCAGUGCUGCUGCUGCAGGGCCUGAGCUACGUGUGUGUGUGGCUGCUGCUGCUCUUCGGCAGGUCGGUGCUGCACAUGCAGCUCAUGGAGGCCUUCUACAGUGUCACCAUGGCUUCCCGCAUCGCCUACUCCUCCUACAUCUUCUCACUGGUGUGCCCCGCCCGCUACCAGCGCAUGGCCAGCUAUUCCCGGGCCGCCGUGCUGCUGGGCGUCUUCACCAGCUCGGUGUUGGGCCAGCUUCUGGUCACGGUGGGCCGCGUGUCCUUCACUGUGCUCAACUACAUCUCCCUGGGCUUCCUCAUCUUCAGCCUGGGCCUCGCCCUCUUCCUGAAGCACCCCAAGCGUAGCCUCUUCUUCAACCGCAGCACGCAUGUGCGGGGGGCCUUGCCCUAUGAGCUGGACCAGAUGCACCCCAGUGUGGGCCAUCUGGAACCCCAAGGGAAGAUGGGGCGCCUGCUGCGCUCCUGCAGGGAGUCCUUCCUGGUGCGCAUGCUGCACGAGGUGGGCACCAGCCUGCAGCUGCCGCAGCUCUACCUCUGGUGCCUGUGGUGGAUCUUCAACUCGGCUGGCUACUACCUGAUCGUCUACUACGUUCACAUCCUGUGGAAUGUGGUGUACCCCACUAUUGACAGAACCCGUGUCUACAAUGGCGCAGCCGACGCUGCCUCCACUCUGCUGGGCGCCAUCAUGUCUUUCGCCGCGGGCUUCCUGAAGAUCCGCUGGGCCCUGUGGUCGAAGCUGGUCAUCGCAGCUGUGACUGCUGUGCAGGCCGGGCUGAUCUUUCUCCUAUACAAUACCCAAAACAUCUGGAUUUGCUAUGCUGCCUUCAUGGUGUUCCGUGGAGCCUAUCAGUUUCUUGUGCCCAUUGCUACUUUCCGGAUUGCAUCUUCCAUGUGUAAAGAGCUGUGUGCAUUGGUCUUUGGGAUCAACACAUUCCUGGCCACCGUUCUGAAGACCUGUAUCACACUGGUGGUGUCCGACAAGCGUGGUCUGUUCCUCGAUGUCCGCUCACAGUUUCGAGUCUACUUCGCGUACUUCCUGGUGCUGACCGUAGUCUACUUCCUGGGGGGCCUGCUGGAUGUCCUGCGUCACAUCCGACAGAGCUGCCACCAGCCCCUGCCCAUGGUCCAGGAGUUGCAGAGUCCCUCAGAGGAGAAGGCUGUGCACAUGCUGAGUGUGCAGGACGGCGACCUGGGUGACCUGCAGCUCUCAAUUCUGCCGCUACCCACUGAGGAUGGUGUGGAGGACAGCUUAGGGCCCACAGGGGCCAAGGCCAAGGCCUGAUCCCCAGCCUGCUUUGCCUCAGCCAGCAGGUGAAACGAUUCCCAAGCGAGGCAGUUCCCAUCUGCCGUCCCGACCCAGCCCAGGCUGGUGGCCCAGGCCCAUGUCCAGCCAGAUCAUUGGCACCCCAGCUCUCAGGACGCAAACAGUGACACUUGACUUUCUGUGGUCCUACAGGGGCCCGAACUCGAGGCCCACCUGUCUUAGCCAAAGGGCCCUUGCUGCUGGCAGCUGUUGAGCCCCUUAGCUCUGCGUUUCACUCGGGUGGCUGGACCCUGCUGGGGACGCUCUGGGCAGCCACCUGGUCGACAGGUCCAUGCCACAAAGUGGGCCUAGGCUGCCUUUGUUUUAUAGGGGAUAGAAUCCCCCGUCCUCCAGGACUUUGCCUUCACCCCGAGGGGGUUGGAGACCAGUCUGUCUCCAGGGGCUGACAAAGUGACCAGCCUGAGUCAAGAUCACUGUCCCCAGGCUUAAGGGUGCCCUUCACUAGGGCCUGGGUAACUGAAGAUUCUAAUCUGUCCCCAGGGUCCCGGGCCUCCAGAGCAGGUGGGAGCUGUCCAUCCCCAAUCUGUGUUUAUCAGUGCUUGUGGUUUGAGGUGCUUGUAUGUUUGAGGUGCUUGCGUGUUCGGAUGGUACUUCUUUUUUAAGAGAGCUCGUAUGAAUGAGCUUGUCUGGCUUCUCUGAUGUGUGUGAGAAGCUGCCUGGAGGGGGAUGGAAGAAGCUCCAGCCUCGCUGACCUGGGCCCCUCAGUGUGGCUCCCUGUUUUUGCCCUGUGUGGAAGAGGGGCUUAUGGCCCAUGGGGCCAGGAACAUGGUUGCAAACUGAGCUAGGCUGGCCUAGAGCAUAGGGCCUUGGGGUGGGCACCUUCCCAGGGGCGUGCUUUCGGCGGCAAGCCCUGUGCAUUCCAGUGUUGAACGCUUGUCUCAGACAAGUGAAUUAAACACGGUGAACCUG